AUGAAAAAUACUUUAUAUCCAAUCGGCAGCGAUUUCAUUUAUAUUAAGUCUAUCGGAUACGUUUUUAACCAUGUUGAUGGACUUAAAAUUAAUGAAAUCAAACCAAAAUUCCUCAUUAAUGGCCAGAUAAAUAAUAUUUUUCCAACAAUUGACCCUCUAUUAACAGAAACUGGAUAUAUCAUACAAAGUAACGAAAAUCAAUUCUUAAUUUAUACAGAUUCUGACCAAGAUCUUCGAGAUUUAAAAAUUACAAUUCCAAAUGGCAUAAAUUUGAAUCAAAUUACAUUUUUCCUGUACCAAACUAUGCUCGUUAUCAACUCUGGGAAGUUAAUAGUAACAGAUUCCUCACAAAAUGUCAUUUUUGAACACGAAUUACCUUAUGAUUCUUAUUUUAUCAGCCAUAACUCCACACAAGCAUUAAUUGUAUCAAAUUCUGAGAACUUUGUAGCCAUUGUUACAUAUCUAGAUCAAACAGAGAUUGAAUUUGUCACUCUCCCAGGCGGAUACUCAGUCAUGACAUGUGCUGAUAUAUUCGAUGAUCAAUCCAUAGCAUUUGCAUCAAAAGACAAUCAAAUUUACUUAUAUUCUGCAGACGAUGAAAUUAAAUCUGUUUCUCUCCCAGAACAAAUCAUCAGAAUCAAAUCUUUAGAUAUUGAUCCAUUUGAGAGAGCCUGUGCAGUAUUGUCUGUUACAAACAGGCUAUAUUACGUUAGAUUUGACUCAGAAACUGUAACCGAAGUUAUAGACAAUGUUAUUGACUUCUGUGUCAUCAAUAACCCUUUUGAUAUGGUAAUUGUGAACACAGGAGAAGAUGAUUUGAAAGUUGUUAAUCAAUUAGGAAUCAAAAUACUUGAACCAUCAAUGCAAUCAAUGGUUGACGCAUUGAGCACUAGAGUUGUCGCAUCUUUGUCAUAUGUUUCGAAAACUCGCGAACGAUUAACUCUAAGAAAAUCAUUAUCAGAUGGAAAAGAAAUAGAAUUGCCAAAAAUGAAAGCUAUGUUUGGAGAAAAACCAAACCCACCAGAAGAGCAAAAAGAAGACACAGUAAAACAAGAUUUUUGGAUUGAAAAUGUUACAGAUUCUUCAUUUAUUAUUAAAUCUCAUGAUUUGAUAUCUCCUGACAUAGCUGUAUUCCUUACUUCAGAUACAAUUGGAUUUGAAGCUCAAACAGAAGUCGUUGCUCUUAAUGAAACUUCUAUUCAAGUUAAUUAUGAUAUUUCUAUCACAUUUUGUUCAACAAUCUCUCCAUUACAUAUUUAUAUUAUAUUUGAAGGCAUAUCUUAUUAUGUUGGCGAUAUUCAUUUGCCUCCGAAAUAUGUCAUGUCUUCAAGAGAACUCAACAGAAUUCAUAUUUCUUACACAGUUUCUUUUCAUUCUAAUGGACAUAGAUAUCCAACAAGCCAUCUUCCGCAUGAUAAGAACCAACCUAUAUGGAUUGAAGAUAUAGAUGGCGGCGUAAUUCUCCAUAUAAAGGGAGAUUCUUGUUCUCAUUUUUCCCAAAGACUAUUGGCUGCUGCUUCCCUUUUGCCAUCUAGUGCAAUCUUUAUGAAGAUAGAACAUGAGAAGUGUAAGAAUAUGGCUGCUAAAAAUAUUGCUAGAAUUGUGUCGAAAUUCACUCAAAUUCCUCCGAAUCCAAAUAUCGAUUGCGAUAUUUUACUCGAUUUCAAAGCUGCUCUCGAUGAAAGUUUUGCUGUACUUCUAUCAUAUUGUUAG